AUGAGCACAGUCACGAGCGGUGAGUACAGCAUUCAGCCUCUCAUCGAGUCCGAGUACAGUGAUGUGGGCAGUAGGAGUAGUCGUGAGUAUAGCUGCAGCGAGCGAAUUACAAGCGCUUUCAAACGAGGCUGUGCGGUGGUGUGGAAUUGAAUUGUUAUACAAGCGUCGCGCGCUCACAACGCGGCAUUGCGACAAAGUUCGAGCCUAUUUGAUUUAAUUCCUGGAAUUGACUUGGACGCGAUAAGGUUUGUGAUCGUCUCUAUUGACUUGUACCACCGCUUGCCUCGGCCCGAGCGUGGCGCAGGUCUGUGUACACCGGGCGGUACUAUGCCGCAAAAGCGUAUCUAUCCUAUGCUGAGGCAGAGGUAUAGAGCGGGACCCAAUAGCGGCCGGCCCCUCUGGACGAGUAUACACCGCCGGUAUGCAGAUUCCGCCUGCUGCAAGGACCCUCCUCGCCCUGCUGCACCCGCACGUCCCUCUGCUGCUGCUGAUGAUGAUGAUGAUAGCCGUGAUAAAUCGCGAACAUCUGUGCAUGCACAAGUAUCACCAUCGAUCAAGUCUCCACCAGAGUAUCGCAGUCGCAUCCGCACAGAGUUCAUCCGAUGCUGUUCAUUUAACCACCAUCACCCCCGUCCAACAGCAUUUGCUCCUACUCGAACUCCUCGAAGGACGUCGUUCGCCACUCUUCAGCCUUACGCAGAGCUUGCUAACACCCAUCUCAAGCAAACCCCGCUGAACACGCUGUGAGCCCAGUCCGCGUGGUCCUGCUACAGGCAGAGCUGGAGGCGGAUACGCUGCCCGCAUCCCAACGUCCCGUGAGCCUGUCCACCCUCACUCUUUUGCCGGACCAAUCAGCCCUUCGACCUCAAAGCUUCUUCGCUGGACAGGCCCCAAGCUUACUUGCCCCCACCUUCCCGCCACGCCACGCCACGAGCAUGCCGACCGACUCCUUGACCACUCCACAAAGGCCGGCAGGCUCUUCACGUAUUCGGACCAUCUCUUCCGCCUCUAUUCGCGGUCUGCGAUCACUAGGCUCUCGAAAUUCCUCGAGCACGAAUUUGAGUUCGAAAGCCCAGACGCAGACGAAUGCGGCAGAUGCUCCGCCUGUCCCUGCCCUUCCUACAGGUCGCACGACACCAGGCGGCCUGACUGGCGGGUCUACUACUGCGGAUAGCCCAAGUCGACCUUCCACGACCAAUUCCUCUGCUAGAACGUCUGUCGAAUCUUUUGAAGUGGCCGCGCCGAAGUCAAAGAGCGCAAAAGCAACGAAGUCUAACAGUGCAGCCGCUCCUUUCCCAAGUCUCGCACGGACAGCCUCGGUCAGUCCUACUCAAGUGAGUGCGCGUAAUAGUGGGCAAAUUCAUAGCAGUUACAAUUGUGCUCGGACAAGAAGUGUUCAAAAAUUCUCAAUGCGUAAUCCGACCUCGAUUUGCAGCCUCGACCUGGUCACCCUGGCAGCUUGAGCGUCUCGCAGUCUGCAGCGCUCAAGACGUUUGAACAGGAGCUGGGCCGAUUGGGUGCGCUGCCUAUAGGAUAUGAAGCGGAUGCCACAGAAGAGGAGAAGCUGUGGGCUCAGGUCACACUGACGUGAGUGGAGCGCGCAAGAGCUGAGCAUGAUUGGCUGUAGUGUAUUGCUACGGCUUUAUUUAUGUGACGACGGCAACUCAUGCAAAUGUUGCUCCACGUUGUGCCCUAACAGCCGUUACCUGCGGGCAAGAUCAUGGAACGUCAACAAUGCUCUGACGAUGUAUAAUGCCACACAAAAAUGGAGAACCUCGCAGAAAUUGAGCGACUUGGUGGACCCCUCCUCUUCGAGCUACUUCACCUUUGAUGAGAGAGAUGCAGUGGCGGAGGCUGGUUGGUCGAUGUACUUUCACAACACCGACAAGCUCGGCAGGCCUAUCUUUGUCCAAGGGCUCGCGGGUCUGGAUACUGUCAAGCUGCUCAAAGCAACGACGCCAGAGCGUAUCCAGACAAACUUCUGCUGCACCCUGGAGAAGGCAUGCCAAACGAGAUAUCGCGCUGCGACGCAAGCCAGGCGCUCUCUUGGCGACGCCACAGCUCUUAUAGAUGGUCGGUCUUCGCAAGUAUAUGGCGCUCGCAAAGACCGAGAAGGCUGACUUGUUCACGACUUUGCCCUGCAGACAACUUCAUGAUUGUGGACAUUGGCGGCUUAGGCAUGUCAACCUUCUGGGCUUUCAAAGGCCAGCUUCAAGGCCUUCUGGCCACGCUCGACGCCAACUUUCCCGAGCUCUCGGGGCGCGUGCAGAUCAUCAACGCGCCUUGGCUCUUUAGCAGUAUCUGGGCUUAUAUCAAGGGCUGGCUGCCCGUCGGCACAGUAGAUAAGAUUGACAUUCAAGGAGCGGACUACAAAUCUACGUUGCUCCAGUACAUUGAUGCGGACCAGCUGCCUGCUUUCUAUGGCGGAGCGUGUCGAUGCAGCGAAGGGUGCCAAAAGAGCGACGUUGGUCCUUGGCAUGAGUCGUCGAGUACCAAUCAGUCGGGUAAAGACCCCGCGGAACCGGACGCCCCUGGAGUCGUUCCAGCUCAACAGGCACCCAAGGCAGCUUCAGUCGGUAAUGUGGAUCAGCAAGAUGGAGAAGCCGCACCCUCAUCACUACCGAACAUCAUGACCAAUGGAAUCGCAACCUCAUCGGAUGCGCUGGCACCUAAUGGUGGCCUGAAGAGUGCUGCACCUCCCGUUGCAGCUCCCGUUGACGUGGAAGUCGGAGCGGCAGCAUCUCCAACUGACCACGUGGGUUCGAACUCUUCUUGA